GCUGCCCAGCUGCCCCGAGUAGCGGCUGCCGAGCACCCCGCCAGCGCCCUGAGCGGCGUCCACGCUUCUCGCCGACCCCUCUGGCCCCCGCAGCUUGGGAAGGAGGCCACUCCGGGCCCAGCACGCGCUCUGUAAGGCAGACCUGCAACCCGGAAAGGCGGCGCGGAGUCGGAUCUUGCUCGGAGCGGGCCCCUGCCGGCCGGCGCCGCGGGGAUGUCGGAGGCGCGGAAGGGGCCGGACGAGACGGAUGAAAGCCAGUAUGACUCGGGCAUCGAGUCCCUGCGCUCUCUGCGCUCCCUGCCGGAGCCCACUCCGGCCCCAGCCUCUGGGCCCUCAGACAGGAGAGGCCCCCAGCCCUGGGCUCAUCCUCCGGGAACCGCCAAGGAGCCAGAGGAGAAGGAAGACACCGACGGGGAGCGAGCUGACUCUACCUAUGGAUCCUCAUCGCUCACUGAGCCCCUAUCCUUGUUGGGGGACCCCAAGACCGAGGACCCAGCCCCAGACUCGCCGCUUCCCGCAGCGGGGGCGCUGAGCCCUCAGCAGCUGGAGGCACUCACGUACAUCUCCGAGGACGGAGACACGCUGAUCCACCUGGCGGUGAUUCACGAGGCCCCGGCUGUGCUGCUGUGUUGCCUGUCUUUGCUGCCUCAGGAGGUCCUGGACAUUCAGAACAACCUUUAUCAGACAGCACUCCAUCUGGCUGUAUAUAUGGACCAGCCAGGUGCAGUUCGGGCCCUGGUGCUGAAGGGGGCCAGCCGGGUGCUACAGGACCGACUCGGUGACACGGCCCUGCAUGUGGCGUGCCAGCGCCAGCACCUGGCCUGUGCUCGCUGCCUGCUGGAGGGGCGGCCAGAGCCAGGCAGAGGAUCGCCUCCUUCCCUGGACCUCCAGCUGCAAAACUGGCAAGGUCUGGCGUGUCUCCACAUCGCCACCCUGCAGAGGAAUCGGCCCCUCAUGGAACUGCUGCUUCAGAACGGAGCUGACAUUGAUGCACAGGAGGGCACGAGCGGGAAGACAGCGCUGCACCUGGCCGUGGAGACCCAGGAGCGGGGGCUGGUGCAGUUCCUGCUUCAGGCUGGGGCCCGGGUGGACGCCCGCAUGCUCAAUGGGUGCACUCCCCUGCACCUGGCGGCGGGCCGGGGCCUCAGCGGCAUCUCAUCCACCCUGUGCGAGGCAGGCGCCGACUCUCUGCUGCGAAACGUGGAGGACGAGACUCCCCAGGACCUGGCCGAAGAUCCCUUCGCCCUUUUGCCCUUCGAUGACCUGAAGAUCUCGGGGAAGCCACUGCUGUGUGCUGACUGAAGCCGGGAUAGGCUCUGGGGCCCCGGACACUCCACCGCUUCCCAUCAGGAAGCUGGAGCCACAGCUGCUGCAGUUUGGGCCUAGGCCCUGUGUCCUGGGGACUGCUGAGGCCAGAGCCUGGGGCCAGCACAGUCCUGAGCUGAGAGGAGGGACCGCAAAUAAGAGAGCCAGUCUGGAAGGAAGCGCUUCCAGGUGGAUGGAAGGACCCCUAAAGCCCCAGGCAGCCUGGGCGAAGACUGUUCGCCUCUGUUGAAAACGGCGGGGCUCUUGUCCCUACCCACAUGGGGUCAGCCUGAAGCUGCCAGCCAGUAGAAUGACAUGGACUCUCCUGAGUGAGGAGAGAUACUGAACUGUGAGUGAGCAGGGCCCUGAAGGGGUCCAUUGAAGAGGACUUUGAAAUACCGUUAAAGACUUCAUACAGAAGGCCCUGAACUGAGCCUUUGGGGAAGGGCGAGUUUCAGUAACAUGACACUAAAACAGCAGAGAGGACUUCCUAGGUGGUGCAGUGGUUAAGAAUCCGCCUGCCAGUACAGGGGACUUGGGUUCUAUCCCUGCUCCGGGAAAAUCCCACAUGCCAUGGAGCAGCUAAGCCCGCGCACCACAACUAUUAAGCCUGAGCUCUAGAGCCCUCAAGCCACAACUAUUGAGCCCAUGUGCCACAACUACUGAAGCCCGCACGCCUAAAGCCUUUGCUCCACAAGAGAAGCCACCAAAAGGAAGAGCCCGUGCACCACAAUGAAGAGUAGCCCCCACUCGCCGCAACUAAAGCCCAUGUGCAGCAGUGAAGGCCCAACAUAGCCAGUAAAUAAAUUAAUCAAAAAAAACCCCCCAAAAGCAAAAAACCUUUAAAACAGCAGAGACUUUUAACCCCCUCCCAUCCUCCAUCCCCCCACCACCCCGAGUUGUUUUG